AUGUCACUUAGAAAUAGAAAAAGUGUGGCGUGGGAAUUCUUUGUAAAAAACGACGAUAAAACCAAAGUAGUAUGCAAAUUAUGCUCUUGCGAAUAUAAAUACAUAGGGAACACUACGUCAUUAAUAAAUCAUAUAAAGAAAAAACAUAUAGUUCAGUACAGUGAAGUGAUUGGACAAAAUUUAACAAGUGAGAGAAUAGAGAAUAAUGCACCCGAACAGAGUUCCAGAACCUCAUUGAUGAAUAGAACAGAUUCUCAUCAAAACAAUACCGUUUUAGCACCAUCGCAUAUACAUAAUGUCAGAGCAUUCAAUGAACCCGUUCCGAAGCGCCCAAAACAAAUGCGUUUAACUGUAUCUACAAAAAUGAACCAAAAAAUUGGUGACGAUGCAUUAUUGGACAUGAUUGUGGUAGAUAUGCAACCACUGGGAAUAGUUGAAAACGAAGGUUUUACAAAAUAUACAAACAAAUUAAACCCGGAUUAUAUAUUGCCAUCGCGAAAAAAAAUAGCUCAGAUGCUGGAAGACAAAUACAAAAUAUGCAGUUUAGAAGUAAAAGAGAAGUUACAAGGUGUAGAGUAUAUAGCUCUGACAACAGAUAUAUGGAGUUCCGAUAGUCAAAAAAGCUUUAUAAGUGUAACUGCACAUUUUAUAAAAGAUGUAAAAUUGCAUUCUAUAGUAAUUUCAACGACUGAACUGUCUGAACAUCAUACAUCAUUAAAUAUUGCAAAUGCUUUGCGAACAAUAUUAUUAGAUUGGGAAAUUUUUGAUAAAAUAGUAACCAUUGUAACUGAUAAUGCUGCUAAUAUGAAAAAAGCAGUCAAAGAUUUCCUAAACAAAAGAAAUCACUUUUGUGUUGCUCACACCUUAAAUCUUGUCGUAAAAGACUGCAUUAGCAAUGAAAAUGACCGAAAUUCUGAUUUAAAAAAUGCCGCAGUGUUGGAUGUUAUAUUAAAAAGUCGUGCAAUAGUGACCCACUUUAAACAGAGUAUAAAAUCGUCUAAUACACUGAGAUAUAUGCAGAGACAAAUGAACUUAGAUAUUAUCAAACUUAAGCAAGACGUACAAACAAGGUGGAAUUCGACAUAUUUAAUGUUUGAUAGAUUAUUGAGAGUCAAAGUUCCUCUAUCCGCGACUUUACCACUGCUUGACUCACCCCCAUCAGGCUUAACAUCAUCUGAAUGGUUAAUUUUAGAAGAUUGUGUGGCAAUUUUACAGCCAAUAGAAAAAAUCUCCACCGCAUUAUGUGGGGAAUCAUAUCCGACGCUGUCAUGCAUUAUUCCUCUAGUUAGAGGACUACAAAAUUCUUUAAUUAAGAAGACUCCAACGACUGAACCUGGAAAACACCUACAGCGAUCGUUACUUGAAACUGUAGACAAAAGAUUAGGUGUUUAUGAAGUUAACCGGACUGUAUCAAUGGCCACCAUUCUAGAUCCUCGUUUAAAAAAAAAGGCAUUUGGAACGGACAGUGCUGCAGAAAAUGCGGUUAAAUAUGUAUUGGAUGAACUGGCACAAUUUCAACAAGUUCAUGAGCAAAUACCAGAACCAGCCGUAGUGUCGACAUCUGGAACUUCAGCUAAAGACGAUGACGACGAUAUAUGGGAGCAUUUUGACAAGAAAAUAAGUGACACUGUCAUGCAACAGACAACAAUCUCCUCUGCUACCAUGGUUUUAACACAAUAUCUAGAUUUGCCAUAUCUAGAUAGAAAGCAAGACCCACUACAUUUUUGGAGGCAAAGGGAACACAUAUUUCCUUCCCUAUGUCGAAUGGCAUAUAAAUAUUUAUGCAUUCCUGCUACCUCUGUGCCAUCAGAACGCCUUUUUUCUAAAGCUGGAUUACUUACUAAUCAAAGAAGAAACAGACUCAUGCCAAAAAAAGUUGACCAACUAUUAUUUUUAAACUCUUUCUGUACUGAAAAAAGGACAUAUUGA